CACCCUCGGAAGCAUUUGAAAGAGGCAUUUGCAGAGUCAACUUCCCUCAAAGCAUGCUUAGGGGUUUACAAACUCCGCAUGUUACGUAAAUGGCAAACAAGAUUUAUGGCGUAAAGUUUCCAGUUCUUAUCGAUAACGAUAAGAUCCAAUUCACCAAAUCGAGACCUUCCCAGGGUUGACUCAGACUUCAUCUGGAGACAAUACCAUGGCAUCAACACAAUCAACCUCGGUCUCACUUCCACGUGUAGCUAUAACAUACUGCACGCAAUGUAGAUGGAUGCUACGGGCUGCCUAUUUCGGCCAAGAAUUGUUGUCAACUUUUGGCAAUCAAAUUGGGGAAAUUGCGCUCAUACCGGCAACUGGAGGGCUGUUCAAGGUUGAACUGGCGUAUAAACCCCAAGAAAAUGAUACGGAAGUCCGGCAGGUGCUCUUAUGGGAUCGGAAGGCAGAGGGCGGAUUCCCGGAAACCAAAGUGCUCAAACAGCGUGUGAGAGAUUACAUCGACCCUGCCAAGGACUUGGGACACUCGGACCGGCAUGGGAAGAAGAAAGAUGUCACGCAGGACGCGCCUACAGAAACGAAGACGGCGGAAGCCACUGCAGAGACGAUGGAGUCUAAGCUACUCAAAACGAACGCAGCUGGGACUGUGUGUGAAGAUUGUACUUGAUGCUAUUCCCUAUGAAAGUUCAACAUACCACUGUCCUGUAUCAAACGCUUUGUUCUCGUGAAUUCCCAGCGUUUUCCGGUUUGCCCCGAAACCAGUUCGCAUAUCACCGUUACAUCGUCCAUUAGGUCACUUGUUCCACUUUAUACCAGACAUUAUCCUCCAGAGGGUAACCUCUCGCUCCAUUACUUAUUCUUCUUGAGAUCAUCCAUGUCUUUGGUGAGCCGGAUAUUCAUGCGAUGCAUCUCCCUGCGAACCUUGACUACUUCCUCGCUGACUUCGUCUAUGUGAGACCGCAGGUCUUUCCGGGCGUGGUGGGAGAUGAGCUGGUUUUCGUUAACCGACCUGUAUGUGCCAUCUUCGUUUGGCGGACCGAGACUAUCCCAAAUGGAAUCGAUGCGUAGACCAAGAUCUUCACACAGUUGCUCGAGGCUGGAAGAAUGUUUGGCG